CGGGUCUCUAAAUCGGGCAGCGCUUGAGCUCCCCCAGUCCAAGUAUGCCUUGACCGGCGGAUGCCACUAACGACUAAACGACCAACAACACACCUACCUUUGGCAUGACUACAUUGCCUGCCGACUUACCCAUACACGCCAUACACUCCUCUUACUCGGUUGGCGUCUUGCUAAGAAUUGGCAUCCUUGCGUCCGCUGCAUCGUUGCGGUGUUGCGUCUCCGUUGUCGUUGGUGCUCAAGCAGUCAUACAACGAUCUGCGUGUGUCGUCCUCGAAUAGCCGACGGGGGAACAGGCGGCUUCAAUCCGCAGCGAGUUCUACUGGGAUCAU